AUGCCAUCCACAUGGAAGAAGAUCAAAGGGAAGCUGGGACUGAAUAUCCCAAUAGUGCUGCUCAUGUUCAAAUAUCAGAGUGACGCUGUGAAAAAGGAGUUUUCUACCAUUGGCUAUCUCAUACCUAUAAUGUCAAUUCUCACGAUCCCCGUCGCGCCACGAGCCCGGUUCUUUCAGAACCUGACAGUAACCAUGCUUGCGAUUGGACUCGCAGUCGCAUUAUCUUUCCUAUCAAUGUGGUGUGCCGUCCGAGCUCGCGCGAAUACAACCCAUAUACCGCAGGGAGGCAAGACCGGUGGUCCGGUAGCUGGUGCUGCUGUGAGCCCUUAUAACGCUGCUGCCAGUGUUAACAUGGCAAUAUGGAUGGCUUUUGAAGUGUGGCUGGCCAAUACGUUCCGUGCUUUUCGACCACAAUACUUCAUUCCUUCGAUUAUAUUUUCUAUUUUCAUCCAGGUGACGGGGACAUAUGGAACUCAGUUCGAAAUACUCGAUGAAGCUGCGACCCUGAUCAAACGCCUGGUGGAAACAUUCUUUGCUGGAUUUGGACUUGCGGCAGCAGUCAACGUGUUGAUUGUUCCACUCACGUCUCGAAAAAUCGUCACUAUGCACAUGGAAAACAAUUUCGCUGCGAUCCAGCGAACACUAGAUGCCCGGCGCGAAUUCGCGCAAUCAUUGCCCAUGCGUGACUGGCAUUUCGCGGAUGGCAAUUCAGAUAUUUCUCAGCAUGACACCACGGAUUCAUGGCCGGAAGCAAGGAAAUUCAAAAACGCCACCAUUGAAGCUACCAGAGCUCUUGGCAAGGUCACAUCGGAAUUACGCUACGCGAAGCGUGAGAUUGGAUGGGGUUAUUUAGGCCCAAAGGAUCUCGCAAACAUCACCCACUUGUUGAAAAGGGUGUUGGCCUCAAUAUUGUGGAUGGAGUCACUUGUAGAAGUCAGCACACAACUAGCUCAUCAAGUGAAGAAGGUGGAAGGCAUUUCUCAGGAAGAGGAACAGCAGAAGUGGCGUUCGCUAUUGGAGCAGAGGCACGUUCCCACCGAACAACUUAUCCAAGCCAUGAAAGAAUGUCUUGAUCAUUCUCUUCGCGUUCUUCGUCUCGGCAAAGCGCCACCGUUAUCCAAAUCCGAUAUUGAAUCCAACAAGGAUCACAUGUGUACACAUUUGGAAGACACGAUUGAACACUUCAUUCGAGGUCGGCAGGAAGCAUUGGAAAGUUGGCUCUCAUGGACAGGCAUGAUUCGAUCCUCUGAAUCAGCCAAAUGGAUAAACUCCCAUCAGCACGAAGGACAUCGAUUCCAGCUGUACUUUCUCCUCGAUCUGGAAUCUUCCCUCAUUUCAACUGCGAGAAGAAUCACAGAGUUGGUCAAAUAUGCGGAUUCAAAAGCUGACGAUGGUACCAUGAAUAAACGAAGAUUGGUGCUUCCAACGUGGAAGGUGUUGAAGAAAUGGUUCUGGGCCGCAUUGUCCCGAGAGGAUCUCGAGUUGGAUUAUUUCCAAUAUAGCAAAAGAUCCGGAACUGGUAGGAUAUAUUUGGACGAUGUCCUGCACUCAGGCAAAGAUCCAGAGCACCUUCUCCCACAAAGCAGAUGGCAGAAAUUUGGCGAUAGACUCCGGAAGGGCUAUCAUUUUUUCGGCUCGCCAGAGUCUGUGUUUGGCGCCCGAGUCGCAGUGGCCACCAUGGUAGUUUCACUUGUGGCCUUUCUCCGAAACUCGCAGCAUUUUUACAUUGAGCAACGCCUCAUCUGGGGUUCAAUCAUGAUUGCAAUUAGCAUGACGUCAACGGUUGGGUCAGCUAUGUAUGGGCAAUCAAUGCGGCUCCUGGGAACAACGAUUGGAAUGAUCAUGUCGUAUAUCGACUGGUAUAUAGUCGAUCACCAGCCAGCAGGCGUCCUUGUCUUUGUUGGAAUCACCAUGUUCUUGUCCCACUACCCACUAAUCAGGUUUCCAACUCACCCCGUCCCACCGAUUGUCGAAAUGGUCACCGUCAUGUUAAUUGUCGGCUAUGCCCUUCAGGUCAAAAAAGCGGGGUUGGUAUUUUCUGAGUCCAACGAGCAAGCAUACCACGCACUUUACGUGCUAUCACCCUAUCGAUUGGCUACUGUUGUUGUUGGCAUUGGGGUUGCUUUUAUUUUCACAUAUUUACCCUCCGUGACCACCGUCAAAACUUGCUUCCGACGAGACAUUUCAUCCUUUCUGUAUCUUCUCGCACAUUACUACAGCUCCGUGUACACGACAAACUCCAUACUGGUCAAAGGUCUGGCUGGAGAUCAUAACAACAAAAAGAGCCUUGGGAGGGUCCUUGAAAAAGCUCGGACUCGCGUACUUGCCAAGGAAAUCGUUCUGUUACAGGCAAUGGACGAGCACACCUGGUUCUUUGCAUGGGAACCCACAACUGGAGGGAAGUUUCCCAAGGAAGCCUACUGGAGAUUAGCAGAAAAUGCGCGAAACGUACUUCAACUUUCAGCAACUCUAGUGGAAAUCAGCGAUUCAUUCCACCUCAACGGCCCCAUAUCCUCUGAACCUUGGCUUGAAGACCUUAAACGGCUCAUCGGUUCCUUUGACUUGAAUUCCCAUGAAGUCACAUUUCUUCUUACUACUUUGUCGGGUGCCAUAAAAACAGGGUCCCCACUGCCUCUUUAUCUCAAGGCACCAAAAGUUCGUAUGCCUACGGAGCAGCUUGCAUCUAUUGCUCCAAACGCAGGCCUUCUCAACGCAGAGAACUUCAAUCAGCCGGGGUUUUCGGCUAUUGCGUCGAUAGAAAUCACGAUGAUGGCCCUGGAAGCUGACCUAUCUCAGUUAUUAUCGGGGACGAAAGAUCUUGUGGGAGAGUUGCACUUAUUGACAGACAUUUUCCAAUGCAAGGAGCUGCCUGCUGAUAUGGAAUCGAUAAAGGAGAUUGAAAAAAUGGACUAA